CAGCGGCCGUCCUCACAGGUGUUCUGGACAUUUGUGUGUAAUUUGCGGGUAGCCAGAAAUGCGCGUUUUCUCUGUGAAUGCGUGACGUUAGGCGUCACGGGCAGAAAUGCGCGUGUACAGCGGAGAGGCUCCGCACCACGCACACUGACACCCGUGCAACUGGGGCAUGCAUCCACUUUAACACAGCGGACCAACAAGCUGGUGUAGUCCGAGGCAGACUGGCGGGGAUAAAACGUCGUCUUGGUUUUCUGCGAUAACGCCGGAUUACCGGAGCUGCGGGAGGUGCGUUUGAAGGAAGAGCUCAGUUUUGAGGAGAAGAGAAAAUGUGGAAACCACAGAUGUGAAAAAGCAGAGAGCCUCCCGUCUACCUGCCGCUGAUCUGCUGUGGUCGGAUGUGGAGGACUGAGACUGCUGCAGCUGCAAAACUCAUCAUCAUCAUCAGCAUCAUCACCCUCAACGUCUGCCACUUCAAACACGACAAGACACAAGAGGACAGGCUGCUUUCGGCUGAUCAAAGCGCAGGCAGUCACGCAGGACCUGUGGACGAUGACUGCGUGAGAGCAGCAUGAGAUAAUUGAGGACCACUGUACUGGUUGCUGAUUCGAGCUUUUCCUGUUUGGAGCUGAUGAAAAUGUUCCAGUGUGUCAGUUGACUGGCAGAGCCCGGGACAUCGCCAGCAGCUGAAGCGCACAAAAGGAGAUGGCUCGUCCGGGAUCAGGGUUGCUGGUGCCCGUCAACGGGCUGGGGUACCCCCCCCAGAACCUGGCCAGGGUGGUGGUCUGGGAGUGGCUGAACGAACACGGGCGCUGGAGGCCCUACACUGCGGCGGUUUGCCACCACAUUGAGAAUGUGCUGAAGGGGGACGCCCGGGGAAGUGUAGUUCUGGGGCAGGUGGACGGUCAGCUGUCUCCUUACAUCAUCGACCUGCAGUCCAUGCACCAGUUUCGACAGGACACAGGCACCAUGAGACCAGUGCAGAGGAACUUCUACGAGCCGUCGUCCGCCCCGGGGAAAGGUGUGGUGUGGGAGUGGGAGAACGACAACGGCUCGUGGACGCCGUACGACAUGGAGAUCUGCGUGACCAUCCAGAACGCCUACGAGAAGCAGCACCCCUGGCUCGACCUGACCUCUCUGGGCUUCUGCUACCUCAUCGACUUCAACAGCAUGUCUCAGACCAACAGGCAGAGCCAGCGCAAGCGGCGCCUGCGGAGGCGCAUGGACCUGGCCUACCCGCUCAUCAUGGGUUCCAUCCCCAAGUCGCAGUCCUGGCCCGUGGGAGCCAGCUCCGGCCAGCCCUGCUCCUGCCAGCAGUGCAUCCUGGUCAACAGUACGAGAGCCGCCUCGAACGCUAUCCUGGCCUCUCAGCGGCGUAAGCUCUACGGAGGGACGGCGGGCAACCCGGGCGCUGCAGGAACCCUCGCUGUGGUGCGGCAGAGCAACACCUUCGCUGGAACCUCCCUCUGGUCUCCGACAUCCGCCUCCUCCGGCACCAACAACAAUAACAUAAGUGUGGGAGGUGGGCAAGCCAAAGCGGAACAGGUGCAGUUGCCACUGUCCACUGCCAACUUCCCCUGUUCCCCCGUGAUGCCAUCUCUUUCAUCCGCCCAUGGCCACCACGCUCUCACCAUCAACGGACAGAACAACCUGAACCGGCCGGGCACCCAGCGCAUUUCCGUGGGCUCUGCCAGAGGCGCCAUCCCGCCGGGGGUUCCUGCCCUCCCAGUUAAGAACCUGACUGGAUCUGGACCGGUGCACCCAGCACUAGCAGGUAUGACAGGUAUCCUGAUGUGCGCUGCAGGUCUGCCGGUUUGCCUGACUCGUGCCCCCAAGCCCAUCCUGCACCCACCGCCCAUCAACAAGAGCGACAUGAAGCCCGUGCCAGGGAUCAACGGCAUGCGCCGCAAAACCAAGAAAAAACACCUGAGGAGAGGGAAAAACCCAGAGGAUGUGGUGCGAAGAUACACAGAGAAGAUUAAAGUGGUGCCAGAUGAGGACUGUACCAUCUGCAUGGAGAGGCUGGUCAUGUCAUCAGGCUAUGAAGGCAUCCUGCAGCACAAAGGCAUCAAGCCAGAGCUGGUGGGCAAACUUGGCAAGUGUGGGCACAUGUACCAUCUGCUGUGCCUGGUGGCCAUGUACAACAAUGGCAAUAAGGAUGGCAGCCUUCAGUGUCCAACAUGCAAAACCAUCUAUGGGGAGAAAACAGGCACGCAGCCUCCUGGGAAGAUGGAGUACCACGUCAUCCCCCACUGCCUGCCCGGCUACCCAGACUCCAAGACCAUCCGCAUCGUGUAUGACAUUCCUGCCGGGAUCCAGACCAACGAGCACCCCAACCCCGGGAAGAAGUUCAGUGCGAGAGGGUUCCCUCGACACUGCUACCUCCCCGACAAUGACAAAGGCAGGAAGGUCCUGAAGCUGCUGAUCAUGGCCUGGGACCGACGCCUCAUCUUCACCAUCGGCACGUCCAGCACCACGGGCGAGUCGGACACGGUGGUGUGGAACGAGAUACACCACAAGACAGAAUUUGGCUCCAACCUGACCGGCCACGGCUACCCCGACCCCAACUACCUGGACAACGUCCUGACAGAGCUGUCGGCCCAGGGGGUCGGCGAGGACAACCUGAAGGACUGAUGUCCAGCUGAGCUGGUACACAGGAACGCAACCCUCCAUGCCCCGCCGUCUCCCAGAGAACAGGGACACUGCAUGACGGGCCAACAUGCAGCCGACAACUCUUCACUCCCCACUAAUAAAGAUGCCCUGCAGAAGUGGCGGCAUAAGAGCAUCAGACGCUAAAUAAAUGACGUGGUUCUGAUCAAUAUUUUGAUUUGUUUGGCCUAAGAUUCCCCUGCCGUCUCUCGAUCCAUGCCUUGAGCAUGCUGCGUUCAUGCCAGAUUUUCUCAGAGGGUUGAAGAAUGAAAGGCGAGGUGAUACUUGUGUCUUGAUGUCGGCAGCUGCAGGUUAAUGGUAUUGAGCCCCUUUUAGAUUCAAACUGCAGCUGCACUGAGGGGCCAACACUAUACACCGGUCCAGAAUGCAUGGCCCAGAGCGACGCUGCAUAAUGAAUGCUGGGCAAUUAUCUGCAAUACGGUGAGGUGUCGGCAGAUCAGCUGUCGCUUGAUAUUGUGAGGAGAAAUUUAAGAGAAUUUCAGCAUUCUGAAUCUGAAUCAAUUCAUUUCUUCCCCUUUUUUCUAGUAAUGAAUUAUUGUUCUUUAACAGUUGUGAAGCUUGGGAGGAUUUUGGCUUUUUGGUGACUGUAAAGUUGCACCGGGCAUCUCUCACAUUUUCCACUUCUGAUACCUUCGGUCGGUUGUUCUGUAAAAUCAGCGUGUUCUGUAGUGCAUGAAGUAGAAUCCAGAGAGCUAAAGGCUGCCGAGUGUUCGUGUUUGGUUAGAAACGUAUGUCGCACGGUCAACCUUGUGGACGGUCUGUGAGAGGAGACGUGAAGUAGAUGAAACAGGCGUCUCACCGGUCAGUUUGAUGCCUGUUACGAGGUUGUGAAGCGGGCGUCGUCAUGCUUCCAAGGUUGAACUCAUUUGUUUUGUUGACACGCUGACGAUGGCGACCUCUGUGAAUAUAAAGCCUGCUUUAUUUUCCCCCUCCAGGCGUCGGCGCGAUCCAUCACGCCGACCAUUCGUGAGGGGUGAGUGUGUGAUUGCGUGCUCUGAGGUUUUAAUGCUGGCUGGAGUCCUCGAGGAGGAAAGCUGAACACGCUCCUCACAGACGGACGCUUCUUUUUUCAGGCUCCAGAGCGGUUUUCCCUCGGAGAUGCAUGCUGGGCAGCGCUCCUGCUCGCCUGCGAGUGAGCUUGUUGCAGUGCACUGGGCUGCACGGCUCGUACAGCAAGCUGUGCGAGCCCACUCGGUUGUUAGGGUCCAUUCUGAUGUGUGACCCGGUCCCCACUUUCCUCCUCAGCAGCAGAGCACUUCACUCUCUGAACCAUGCAAAUGUUGGUCUAAGAUGUUGGCCGGGAACUAUUUCCACCCUCAGAUUUUAUGCCUGUGAGCCUUUUUUGAAGGUCCUUGUUGGAGAUCUUGUGAUGUUUCUUUACUCUGAAAUUAAAGAUAACGCAGUGCUGCAUAAUUCUCCAUAAAUAUAUCUGAUCAAUUUUAAUGAGAGGGGGUGUUGAUGUGAGGUUUAUCGUGCGGGCCCCCAGCUGUGAGCUUAAUUUUGGAGUGAAUCAUAGUCUUCCAUAGCACUUUGAGGCAACAGUUUUGUUUAAUCGGUUGUUUAAUUUUUAGGAAAAUUGCAACUAAAUCUGUCUUUUUUUUAAGUUGUUGUUUAUAAACUAGCUUGCGAUGCUUUGAAAAAAAAAAUAUAUAUAUAAUAUACAUUUGCAGAUGUGAUAUACCUUUAAAUUCAAGCUCAAUUUGAGUCGAUGGUGUAAGUUUAAUUUAUUUUUAUACUCUUCUAUAUAGAAAAUAUACAGAUAUCGACUGGCCCACAUAUCUAUACACAGGCACAUGGUGACAUGAAUACAUAAAAUCUGGCAAAGAUAAAUUUGUCAGUAUGUCAGGGACUGUUGAAAUAUGUACGACAUGUUAUGGACGUCUUAUAUUACAAGUAGUCUUAGCGUGUAUGCCGCUGUCGUUACCUUAAUGUAGAAUCUGUGUAGUCGACCCCUCGUGGGACCCCCGAUAACUACAGUAAAUGUGUCUUUAUUAUUGGUGGGGGAGCUUUAGCAGCAUGAAGAUGACCGUUCACCCCUCCAAAUGGGCCAUUUCUCUUUUUCUACGUGUCCAGAAUGGACGCAGUCGGCGAUUUUUGCUCAGUUUGCAGAUGAAGGCGGCACGCCUGGGUUAAACAGGAGCUGCAAAGAAUUCUGGGAGUUUGUUUUAGCUAAGUGGAGCGGCAGAUCGGUGGGGUUGACCUCGGUCAGUUGUCAAUCUGAACACUCUGAAUGAAUUUCUUUAAAGGCCCUGCAAACCUGUUUUCUCAAUCAUCUUCUGCGUCCGUUCUCUCUUUGUAGGUCUUACAUGAACACAGUUCAUCCCAAAGUUUGGACAUUUUGGGUUAUUUUGCGGUUAGUUAGUGCAGUGCAGUUUUUUUAAAGCAGCAAAAACACAUUUUCUCCUCUCAUUAUUCCCUAGAAGUGACUGCCGGGCUGUUCGUGCGGUCUGUGUUGAUUAGCUUCAAAAACAGCAGCAGUGAUGUAUUCUACAAUGAACGCUGCUGUGAGCUAGCUCUGAUAGAAUUUUGCAGAUUUUUCAAUAUUAGCUUUAAUUGCUGCUCAUGAAGUUGUGAAUAUUAAUUGUUUUAGAGAAAUCUAGAGAUUUUAAACAGCGUUUUCAGGGGCUUUUCUGUGUAUUCUGUGUGAAACUCUUCACCUUCUGCCGCCUGCACAGGCUAAAACAAACCGCUGAAAGUCUCCGUCGGCUUUGGCCCAGGUGUCGAGAAUCGUUCCAUCUCAAGUUUCCUCCUCCACAACCUUUUUGACUCCCUUUAUAAUCUGGGACAGCAGGUGAGAAUGCUUCCAACCUAUCAGGGAAUUUUUUCCACGUUGAGUGAAGUUUCAUCAACCAGAGAAAUCCAAAUGUUCGCUUCUUGGACUUUUCCUUUCCGCGUGCGUCGGCCUCGUAGUGUGAACGGUGCAGGCCCUUUAGACUUUUCAGGUGUGUACAGACUUAUACGGGGAUGAUGAAUGAAAGGCGGUUUGGUCUUUGUCUGAUUAAGAAAGAGAAAGAGAUGGUGUUUAUGCAAUUUACUAUUUUUAAGAUCUAAUACAUGAUUUACGUGUAGCACGGGAGGAAGACUUUGGUUUAAAUGAGGAUGUUUUCUUUAUGGGGUGCCUACCUCCAGGUUUCUAAACAAAGGGGUCGCGACCCGAGGACGUUCACAUGCUAUGUAUUAGAAAACGUAUAUUUUUGAUGUCUUUUUUUUGGAAUGAUGAUUGUCUAUAAAAGAACUAUAACAUAACAUUGCUAUAUUACUCUUAUUAAGAUUCAUUCAUACUAUUUUCCAUUUGAUUAGAAGGGGGAUGAGGGAUGAAAUCACUCUGUCCUGACAUAUGAAGUAUUUACAGUUGUACUCUCUCAGACUGUACCUUAACAUCUCGUGUGGAUAUACCGUCUGUGUGUACCUGUCUGUCUGUGCGAGCGUGCGUGGAUGUGUGCUGCGUGUGCGUCCAGUAAACAAAUCGUAGGUUCAUGUCCUUUAAAGAUACAGUGAUGUUCUCCUAGAGGUGCAUGUUAACCGAACUGUGAGCAAGUUUAUUGACAAUGCAUAGCUUUUUGCGUGUGAAAGCAUCAUAGCUUCUUUAGAUGAUAUCGGGUCUUCUGGUGAUUUAGCACUGUGGUUUUGCAUCUUACUCCGGUUAGUUAGACAGGUCUGAUCCUCCGUCGGGUUUGAUUUCCACAGAUGGGGGCGAGACAGCGUUUGGCUGCACUCCUCACUCUUUUGACAACAUGUAAAACAUCUGAAUGUUUUGCAUUUUAAGUGCCCAUUUUAAUUGACAUUUUCAAAAUCAUGAUUUCUGUGGCUUGAUUUCUCUUAAGCAGUGUCCACAUAUUGCUAUUUGAAAUGGUUCACAAAGAGAAACUGAGAUAAACUAUAAGCAAGAUAUUGAGAGACAUUGAUUCAACUAUAAAGGGCUUCUUAAUCUAUCGGUCUUUAUUGAAUUGUGACCUUGUUGCAUGUUUGUGUGUUUCUUGUGGAAAAAUAAAUGUGCCCUGGACAGGGGUGGUUUGUUUGA